AUGUCGGGAGGCCUCCUCCUCGCCCCGAGCUCUGCCGCUGCCUCCUCCUCGCCCCCCGGGCUCCGCCGCCUCCUCCUCGCACCCCGAGCUCCACCACCGCCUCCUCGCCCCCGAGCUCUGCCGCCGCUGCCUCCUCACCCCCGAACAGGCCAGCUCACGCGAGAGGAGCUCCUCCCGGCGGCGCCGCCAGUAAACUUCGCCGCCCCGCCCCCUGUCCCCGCCGGCCAGACGAGCACCACAGCCGGACAGCCGAGCGCCGCCGCAACUACACGACCGGCCCCGACCAUCCCCGCGGUCCACAUCCUCUUCUUCCUCUGCCACCGGCGCGGUCCCGGCUACCUCCGCCUCCCCGUCAUCCUGCACGGCUCCGCCGCCUUCCCUCGCGGCCGGCAGAGGCGGCGCAUCUCCCGGCUCCCCUCGCGCGGCCGGCCGGGGCCCUCGCAUCUCCGGCCUCCCCGCACCAGCUCGGCACCCCGGCACCACGACACGGACACCCCCUCGCCGUCGUUGCUCCACCCGCGCCGCCGUAGCUCCAGCCCUUCCCCCUGUCCUGCCGCGGAUCUCGUGCACCCCUCGCUGGCAGUCUGGCGCUUCUCCCUGCCCGCCGCCGUCAGAAGAAUCUCGGGCUCGCCGGCCAGGGCUGAUUCAAAUUGA